GUCGGAUUCAAAUUCGAAUUAAAGAGAGCCACAGCCAUCUGAACGGCUCAGAUCUCCAUCUCUCUUCUCAAUUCUUUUUUCUCCCUCAAUUUCAGAGAUCAACGAAGAAAAGCAUCCGCCUUUCCCAGAAACGGUGACCUUAGCGAAAGAGGGGAGGGAGGGGAAGAGACAAUAGUCAGGGCCCCGAUUUGGUUUCCCUGAAAAGAAAUUCAAUUUUCUUUCCCUUUUUCUCUUUUUUCCAGAUUUGUCUAAUCGAAUCCAUCCUCAAAGAUUACUCUAUCGCUUUUGCUCCUAUUAAUCGGUUUUGAAAGAAAGGAAUUUUCUUUUAAGAAAAAAAAUAGGGAAAGGGAUUUUUUUGACCUAAUUUUGAAAUUUAGGGAUUUUUGUUUUUUUCAAUUUGGUGGGAAAUUGAUUUGUGGGAAAUGGAGACUGAUAGUAUGGAAUCAUCAACGAGAAGCAAUCAGAACGAUGAGAUCCAUCACAACGGAACUUUCCAUUUCUCUUCCACCAAGACUCACGGCGGAGGCGGCGGCGCUUCUCCCGCCGUCGUUACCAACAUAGUCGGUCCCACGGCAACCAGCGUCUACGAGCUUCUCGAGUGUCCUGUCUGUACCUGUUCUAUGUACCCUCCUAUCCAUCAGUGUCAUAAUGGGCACACGUUAUGUUCGACCUGUAAAGUGAGAGUGCAUAACCGGUGUCCCACUUGUAGACAAGAGCUUGGAGAUAUAAGAUGUUUAGCUCUUGAGAAAGUUGCUGAGUCUCUUGAGCUUCCUUGCAAGUUUUACAACUUGGGAUGCCCUGAGAUUUUUCCUUAUUACAGCAAAUUGAAGCAUGAGUCUCUUUGUAACUUCAGACCUUACGGUUGUCCUUAUGCUGGGUCGGAGUGUGGUGUUGUUGGAGACAUCCCUUUCCUUGUAUCCCAUCUCAGGGAUGAUCAUAAAGUCGAUAUGCAUGCUGGUUCCACUUUUAAUCACCGUUACGUCAAGUCUAAUCCGCGUGAAGUAGAGAACGCCACUUGGAUGCUAACCGUGUUUCACUGCUUUGGGCAAUACUUCUGCCUCCAUUUUGAGGCAUUCCAGCUAGGGAUGGGUCCGGUAUACAUGGCGUUCCUGAGAUUCAUGGGGGACGAGGAAGAAGCACGGAGCUACAGCUAUAGCUUAGAAGUGGGAGGCAGUGGGAGGAAGCUAACAUGGGAAGGAACACCAAGAAGCAUCAGAGAUAGCCACAGGAAAGUAAGAGACAGCAACGAUGGUCUCAUCAUCCAGAGAAACAUGGCUCUCUUCUUCUCAGGAGGGGACAGGAAAGAGCUUAAACUUAGAGUCACUGGUAAAAUCUGGAAAGAGCAACACAGUCCAGAUUCUGGUCUUUUCAUGCCAAACCUGUCUUCCUGAUCGAUUGGAUUCUCUCUCCUUUUUCUCUCUUUGAGAACGAAAGUUGUAUGAUGAAUUUGUUUUACCACUCUUCUUCUUCUUUGUCUGUAUCUAAAACAUAUUUUGAAUGAAUGUGUUUGAUCUUACCACAAGUUAUAUUUUUA